AUGCAAACCAUGAGUCGUCAUCUGUCUGUGCUUGACAAGGCAUUAGCCUGCGAAAUCUAUGGCGUGAGUGUGCUGUGUGGCAGGUGCAGUACCUGUAUCAUCCGCGCCAUGCUCAACACGUGCGACACGUGGUUUGCGGGCCACAUGUCCCCUGCGGAGCAGUGCAAGUUCCUGAUUCGCCUUCUCAAGCGCGCCGCGCCAUCCUUCCUCGAGUACGCCAGCGUCCUCAUCUCGCCGCUCACCAACCGGGACGUCCUGUACACCGUUGGCAAUCGCACCUCCGCCACCAACGAUGCCCGCCAAGCCAUGGCCAUGGGGUACAUGCGACGCCACAGCUCAGCCAUGCGCCCGCUCUCCAGCCACAGCACGCACUCUCGCCGACGAAACACAGCCAGCGAGUGGUCGUCCAUCUUUGGGGCGGCAACAGCGACGGCACCAACGACCACCGCCACCACUUCUACAGCGGGCGGUGGCAUCAGUGAGAGGAGCAUGGACGGGGCUGGUGGCGGCGGCCGAACGCGUCGCCUCCCGUUCGCGCCCGCGCAACAGCAGCUCCUUUGCCUCGCAUAA